UUUACUGUGUGCUAUACAUUAAAAUAUAGCUAUAGCUAUACACACCCUUCGGCUUAUAGCUCAAAUAUGCGAUUGGCUAUUCUAUUAGCACUGAUACUGGCAGUCAACCUGCACUUUAAGGAAUGUGUUGCAGUUGGAGAGACGAACUUGAAUCAUAUCAAGACAGUGUACAACAGAUAUAUGAAAAGAUCUUAUGGCGACGGAACGUACUACGGCGAGUACCCUGUAGGUAAAGGCGCAUGUACACUGGAUCCUUUAUCCCCAUUGGCUACUCAGCCUGGAUGGAUAAGAGUAGCAACUGGUCAACCUAACUACCAGUCCUCCCUUGGUUGUGGUAUGUGUGUAGAGAUCCAUGGCAAAGGAGAUGGACUUGGACUCGAUCCAAUCAAGGGCACUGUGAAGGCUGUGGUGAAUGAUUUGUGCGAAGGAUGCCCGAAGGAAGGAUCCAUGGAUCUUUACAUCAAUGGAGAUGGACGGUGGAAAAUUAGUUUUGUUGCUGUUGAUUGCCCAUCAGUGGCUGGCGAGGCGGGUAAAAUCCAGUUUAGAUUUCAGGGCAGCAAUCCUUGGUACAUCAAAGUACAAGUCAGAAACUCAAAAAUUCCUACUGCUGGUUUAGAGGCGCUGAUUGGUGGACGUUUCCAUUGUCUCAAGCGAUCAACAGAUAAUUUCUUUGUUGGAAUGGGUCUUGGGAGGGUCUCCUUCCCUCUGAGGAUUCGUUUAACUUCGAUAUCUGGAGAACAACUAGAGGCUUUUAUACCUGACCUUAAAAACGACCUCUCAUAUCCUAGCAACAUCCAAUACUCGGGCAUCAAAGUAGGUGGUGGUCCAUCUGGCAUUCAGUGUUUUGGCCAAGGUGAUAAGGCACCCUAUCCUCCAGGUGGAAUGAUGCCUGGACCUGUGCCAACAAGCGGUGGUAGUGGUGGUGGUAGUGGAGCUACAACAACCAAAGCACCGGUUACCCAAAGGCCUGUUACCCAGCCUCCCUCGACUCAGUCUCCCACGACGUCAGGAGGAGGAUCGACUGGAACGGGAUUCUGUCAGGGUAAGAAAAAAGGCGUUCCCCUGGCCGAUCCAAAUGACUGCCAUGGCUUUAUCAUUUGUUCAGCUGGUCAACCGAACAAGUUUACAUGUGGACCAGUGUUAAAGUUCAAUCCUAAUGCUAAUGGUUGUGAUCACCCACAUAAUGUCCAGUGCUAAGAUUCUUGUACCCAAUAAAACGUUAAUGUUAGCAAGAAUAGUAGAUAUUGUACUAAGAGAGCAGCGAAAGUGUAAUGGGCCUUGAUUAAAGCUGUAAAGUGAGAAUAUAAACCUAAUCGUAUCUAUCA